AUGCCGUUCCGUGACGUUUUCCGGCCACGCCGCACCUCGAACACCUCCCCCGCCGCGACCUCCUCCACCCCGGCGUACGCCCGCGUGCACCGCCCCACACCAGCCCCUCCUCCCGCAUACGGCGACCCGCCUCCUUACGCGCGCAGCGAACUUGGUUCAAAGCACGAGCCGCAACAGUCGGACUUUGCGGCCGGACUCGUAUCCGGCGUCAUAGGGACGCUCGUGUUACUCUGGCUCCUUGGCUGGUUGGGACGGGAGGGCGAGUGUGCUGCCCUCAAGGCGGGAUUGGGUGAGAUAUAUACCCGGUUGGGUGAGGUGCGGGGUACUCUAGCACACGAGUUGGGGCAGGCGCAGGAGGUCGUGGGAGAUGUCUUGAGGCGGGAUGCGCUUAAAUAG